AUGGAUGAGGGAGACUACACCGGAAUUGGCAAUGAGGACGAGUUAGAGAGGCCUGCCAGUGCUGCAAGUGAGCACGCAGGUGAUAGUGAUUUCGAUGAGGAUGAUCUUGAUGACCAUCUACUCUUCGAACCUGAAUGGGAGGCUGCACCAUUGCAACCUCAGGCUGAUGAAGACUACGACCCGGAGGAUGAUGAUGCUCGUCAAGACGUUGAGGCUCGUGUACAAGGCUGGUCUGGUUUUGUUAGGGUGCCUUAUCCUGAUCCACAUGCUGGCCGAAGUAUGUUGCAUGGUUCCGUUGACCAUGGCGCCAACAUGGCAUAUGGGGCACAUCUUGCCAAUGAUGAUAAUCCAUACCAUCCUUUCAAUUCCCAAAUUGAAUGGGAGGUUGCGAGAUGGGCGAAAGUUUGCAGAGCAACUGAACGUUUAGGGUUGUCAUUCAAGAACACCAAUGAACUGAAUAAGACUAUCGACCACAAACUUCCAACUGGAUGCCCCAAGUUCCAAUGGGAGCAGGUCGUUGUUGCAGGAGAAUCAUUUGAUGUGUAUUACCGCGACAUCAUUGAAUGCAUCAAGUCACUGUAUGGCGAUCCCAACUUCGCAAGAUACCUUACGUUCGCACCAGAGCGCCAUUACACUGAUGAAGAUCAGACUAAAAAACUUGAUCAGCAUUGUCCGGGUGGGACCAUCAUUCCGAUUAUCAUCUCGACGGACAAAACACAAGUCACUAUGUUUCACAACAAGUCCACAUACCCAGUGUAUCUCACCAUUGGUAAUAUCCCGAAGGAAAUUUGUUGCAAACCUUCGCGUGGUGCUCACAUUCUUCUGGCCUAUCUACCAACUACUCGUCUCGAACACAUUACCAACAAGGCUUCACGCCGUCGGUCUAUCGCCAACCUAUAUCACGCUUGCCUGAGUCGUGUGCUUGCUCUUUUGCAACAUGCUGGAUUAGAGGGCAUCAAUAUGCGCACUGGAGAUGGUGCUCUUUGCCACUGCCACCCUUUAUUUGCGAGUUUUGUCGGUGAUUAUCCAGAGCAACUUCUCGCAACAGGAAUCAAGUUUGGCGACUGCCCGAAAUGUGAUGUUGAGAAGGACGACACGGAAAGCAAUACAGUACAACUUCACCUACGGAAAAUAGGUGAGGUGUUGGAUGCACUCGCGGCACUUGAUCAAGGAAAUCUUGCCUUUGUUCGCACAUGUGCCGCAGUAGGAAUCAAACCUGUGAUACAUCCUUUCUGGGAGAAACUCCCGUUCGCGAACAUCUUUCAGAGUGUCACACCUGAUGUGUUGCAUCAGCUAUAUCAGGGCUUGGUGAAACACAUUUUGGCAUGGUUAGAGGCCGCUUGUGGAGCCACGGAAAUUGAUGCUCGUUGUCGACGGCUUCCUCCCAACCAUCACAUUCAAUUAUUCACCAAAGGUAUCACCACCUUAUCACGUAUAUGCCACUUCCUCCUCGGCAUCAUAAUUGACAUUUGUCUGCCCAACAAUCUCAAUGCAGGUCGCCUUCUACGAGCUUUACUGGACGAGGCGCUAGACCUUUUUUAUGAGAACAAGCUCAUUUUCAUCGAUCUUGGGAUUCGAAUCAAUUUUAACCUACCAAAGUUGCAUGCUUUUGGCUCAACUGACAAUUAUAACACAGAGUACACAGAACGGCUCCAUAUUGACUUGGCGAAAGAUGCCUACUGCGCUAUGAAUCACAAGGACGAGUUUGCCCAAAUGACCCACUGGCUUGAACGAAAGGAGAAAGUAUUAAGACAUCAAAAAUAUGUUAGUUGGCGACUCGCUGGUAGCCACGAGUUGGAUCCUUACCAUUCACACCCACCAGAUAUGACAUUCAGUCGUAAACAAGUCAUGGUGAAACACCCCAGCGCAAAGUCCGUCAGCCUCGAAACACUGGCUACAGAUUAUGGUGCUACUCAUUUUCGAGAUGCCCUUGCAUGCUAUAUUGCUCAGCAGAUUGAUGUACUGGCACAUGACAUCCAUUUUCCAUUCCAUCGACUGCCUGUCUUUCAUAAGGUCAAGUGGUGCUCGGUUGAUGCCCGUGGCCAUGGCAAUGCACACGUUACUUUGGACAGUGUCCAUGCAAAACCACAACGCAAGUUUGGCUCUCGUGUCAUUGCUCACCGAUCCGAUACAGCUCUAGUGAGGCUGGGUGCGAAUUCAAAGGAUCUUCGAGAAUUCCGUGUCGGUCAAGUUCAAGUCAUUUUCACCUUACCACCAAAGUCCAUCCCACUGCUCUUCCCACCAACAAUCCAUCUUCCUACUCACUUUGCAUAUGUCGAGUGGUUCACACCAUUUUCGCCAGCUCCAGACUGCAAUAGCGGACUAUAUAAAGUCUCAUGUUCACUGCGUGAUGGUGACACCAUGGCUAGUAUUGUGUCGAUUGCUGACAUUGAGUGCAGUGUUCAUCUUAUACCGAGGUUCGGUGUUAUGGCCCAACGAGAGUGGAUGAGUGAUACAGUACUCGAGGACUGUGACACCUUCUGGUUGAACUUGUACAUAGAUAGAUAUACUUUUUCAAUGUUCAGAUAA